UAUGUCGGCUGCCUGGUUUUUUCAGUCCAAGCAGUCUCUUUCUGUGAUGAAAACGAUCAUGGGAACAUCAUCCCUUCCUAGAUUUCUUUACAUGUCACCUUAAGUUUUACCAAAACAUCAGUUUCUAACUUGGUAGUAAAUCUACCCAGAAAAGGAAAUCAAGAGAAAAAGAUCCUGAAGAUACCAUCAUGCCAACUUUCUUACCAAAACUGGUACGUCCUUCACCUUUAUAAAUAUCAAUGAACAAGAAGGAAAAAGAAAUGCAUGCACAUCUUCUUCUUAUUCCUGUUAGAAAGAAGAAACCAAACGUUUUGGGAAAGAUGGAUGGUUUGAAGAAAAUACUCAUAUGCUCGAUGAUGGUAGCUAUUUCUAUGAAGAUGGUACGUGGUAGAGAUCCUGUUCUCCAUGACGUCGGAGGUGACCACUAUGGCUGGAAACCCGACGUUAACUUCUCAGAAUGGUCUAAUCACCAACUCUUUUACAUGGGGGAUUGGCUUUAUUUCGGAUUUGACAAGAACCUGUAUAGUGUUCUGGAGGUGAACAAAACCAGCUAUGAGAAAUGCAAUGAGACAGAUUUCAUGAUAAACAUAACAAGAGGUGGGCGGGAUGUGUUUGAACUGAAAGAGGCAAGGCCAUAUUACUUCAUCAGUGGCAGAGGCUUCUGCUUUGAAGGAAUGAAAGUUGCUGUCAGGGUUGAAGAUACCCCACCAGCUCCAGCACCCUCACCAGGGAAAAACAGUGGUUGGACUAGUCCUGGAUUCACUCAAAAAUAAACUGUUUGAAGGAUCAGAGCAAAGAGUACAUAUACUUGGUGCUGCUGCAGGGUUGGGGAACAUACUCUUCAUGUUACAAUGGAUUUGAGCAUGAUAAGAACAAUUAUGGGAAAUGAUCCCGAGCUUGGUCGUAUAGCAUUGUCACCAGCAGUUGUUGCAGACCCUUUAAGCAUUACUCUUGGCGUGAGUGGUAGGCUAAUUGAAGUAGCUUUUGCAGUCACAAGAAAUAUAUCUUGAAAAUUCAGCAUAUAAGCACGUUUCACUGCUUUAAUCUUCUCUCGGAAAACCUUUGAUCAGUGCCCACAAUCAUACAAAAUUCAUCAAAAG